CUCUGCUUUCUCUGUUCUUCUCGCUUUUCCUUUUCCUUGUUAUGCUCGAGAGGGUCAGAUAUGGCCGUUGAUUUCAUGGGUUACAGAAACACCAUCAGUAGCAGCAGCAGCUUCUCCGCCAAGUUGGAAGAGAACGCCGUGCAGGAAGCGGCUUCCGGCCUCGAGAGCGUCGAGAAGCUUAUUCGCUUGCUGUCCCAGGCACAGCAGAACCAGCACCAAGGGAAAUAUCCGUCGACGGCUAUGGACAUGGACUGCAGAGCCGUCGCGGACGUCGCUGUUUCCAAGUUCAAGAAGGUCAUUUCUCUUCUUGGUCGGACCCGGACCGGCCACGCCCGGUUCCGGCGAGCCCCUUUGACUUUGAGUUCCGGAUCGUCUUCUCAAACCCAAAACCAGAGCCAAGAGAUCCUCGUCAAGCAUGUUCCGUUACCGUUAGAGUCCACUAAGGUUUACCAUGCGACGCCGAUCCAGCAGAUCCCGCCACCUCACCACCACCACAGUACGGUGCUUGAGAGCACUAAGGACUCAUCUACCACUAUAAAUUUCUCAUAUCCAACUACGACGUCGUUUAUAUCGUCGUUGACCGGAGACUCCGAUAGCAAGCAGCCAAUGUCGUCAUCGUCUUUUCAAAUUACCAAUUUGUCCCAGGUUUCCUCGGCCGGAAAGCCGCCGCUUUCCUCCGCCUCGUUGAAGCGGAAGUGCAGCUCCGAGAACUUGGGGUCUGGGAAGUGCGGUGCUGGGUCCUCCGGCCGCUGCCAUUGCAAGAAGAGAAAGCUGAGACAGAAGAGGAUCGUGAGAGUUCCGGCUAUAAGCUUGAAGUUGGCCGAUAUCCCACCUGACGAUUACUCCUGGAGAAAGUACGGACAAAAACCCAUCAAAGGAUCUCCACAUCCAAGGGGAUACUACAAAUGCAGCAGUGUAAGAGGAUGCCCGGCUCGAAAACACGUAGAGAGAGCUCUGGACGAUGCGGCAAUGCUAGUGGUUACCUACGAAGGCGAGCACAAUCACUCUCUCUCCGUUGCAGAGACCUCCAAUCUUAUUCUAGAAUCUUCUUAGAUCAUCAAAAUUGAAGCUUUUGUGUUUCAGUUUCUUUUUUCUUCUUUUAUGGAGGGAAAUUAAUGGUAGCAGGCAGUACUGGUAGUGGUAGUGGUGGUAGUUUUUACAGUUCCGACUCGGUUUGACUCGGUUGGUCUCAGUUCCAUCUCGAAGGAGAUGAUGAGUUGAGUC